UUCUUAUUUAAUCACUUGAUAAAUAUAUUUUUGUAAUGAGUGAAUCAUCAUUGUAAAUCAAUUUUUGAAUAAAUAAGAUGUGAAACACUAAUAGCAGGAUGUGGAAUUUAUUGCAAAACUCUUUUAAACUGUCUUCAAGUUUAAGGAAUUGUGUAUUAAGCAAGAACUGUGUUUUCUAUUACAGGAAUCAUGAAAGUUGUAAGACUUUUUUUAAAGGGGUUUCCAGAGCGUUUGUUGAAAAAUCAGAUAAAAAACCAAAAUUCAAUUUUUCAAGGUGUUCAAAGAUUGCACUUGCACUAUCAUCUGGAGGUAUUUUACAAGUUGCCUUAGUAAACAACAAGGUUUUAUGUACAGCUAAAACCACUAGAAUGACUACAUACAGAACAUCCUCUGACAAACAGCAGAAAUUUGAUUGGAGUAAAUUUUGGUAUUAUUUAAAACCCCACAUCUGGUAUCUUAUUGCGGCAAUUGCUGGAGCUUUGGUUGUCGCGAUCUUAAAUAUACAAAUACCACAAGUGAUGGGAGGGGUCAUUAAUGUAAUAGCUCAAUAUACAGAUAACAAAAAUAGUGAAUCAUUUAUAAAUGAAAUGAAAGUGCCUGCUAUUAAACUUAUUGCAAUGUAUGUUGGUCAAUCACUUUGUACAUUUUUUUAUAUUUACAUGUUAUCUAAUUUGGGUGAAAAAAUUUCGUUCCAAAUGAAAACAGAUUUAUUUGCUGCAAUAAUGCGACAAGAUAUUGCAUUUUUUGACCAACAAAGAACUGGGGAAGUAAUUAACAGGCUUACUUCAGAUAUUCAGGAUUUUAAAAGUAGUUUUAAACAAACGGUGUCAGGCGGUUUGAGGGCAAUUGCCCAAAUUGUGGGAUGUUCAGUGUCUUUAGUUAUGAUUUCUCCUCACAUGACUUUUAUUACUUUGCUUUGCGUUCCUACAGUGGUUGCUGUUGGGACAAUAUUUGGGGGUUUGCUAAGGAGCACGUCCAGGAAGGCGCAAGCUCAGAUUGAAAAAACGACUGCGGUUGCGGAUGAAGCAGUUAGUAACAUAAGGACUGUCAGAGCCUUUGGGAUGGAAGAUCAAGAGAAAGAAUUAUUUGAUGCUGAGGCUGUAUUAGCUAUGAUUUUAAACGAAAAUUUGGGUUUUGGUAUCGGCUGGUUCCAAGCGGGUACCAAUUUAUUUUUAAAUGGGAUGGUUUUAAUUACGCUUUACAUGGGAGGCUAUUUGCUUUCAACUGAUAAGUUGUCUCCUGGAGAAUUGAUGGCGUAUUUAAUGGCUUCUCAAACUAUUCAAAGAUCAUUGGGGCAACUUUCUAUGCUUUUUGGGUCUGUGGUUAGGGGGGUUGCAGCAGGUUCCCGUAUUUUUGAGUACAUGAAUUUACAACCAACUAUGGCUUUAAGAGGAGGAAAAAUUAUUUCAGAAAAUAAUCUGAAGGGAGACAUUGAGUUUAAUAACGUCACAUUUGCUUACCCAACAAGACAACAACAGUAUGUUUUAAAGAAUUUUAAUUUAAAAAUACCUUCCGGUAAAACUCUGGCCAUAGUAGGUGCUUCAGGCAACGGUAAAUCAACAGUCGUUGCGCUUAUAGAACGUUUUUACGAUGUAAAUUGUGGUGCGAUCACUUUAGACGGCCAUGACAUUAAAACCCUCGAUCCAUCAUGGCUGAGACAACGGGUUUUGGGGCUAAUAAGUCAAGAACCAAUUUUAUUUGGCACUUCCAUUGUUGAAAAUAUCAGAUAUGGUCGCCCUGGUGCUUCAGAUGAAGAAGUCAAAGAAGCGGCAAAAUUAGCAAAUGCUCAUGACUUUAUUUCUAAUUUUCCUCAAGGUUACGAUACUAUGGUGGGUGAAAGAGGUGUAACAUUAUCCGGUGGCCAAAAACAAAGAAUUGCUAUUGCUAGAGCUUUGCUUAAAAAUCCGACAGUAUUACUAUUAGAUGAAGCUACAAGUGCUUUGGACACUGAAUCAGAAAAAGUGGUACAAAACGCAUUGGAAAAUGCUAAAAAAGGAAGGACAGUUGUGGUGAUCGCCCACCGACUUUCGACAAUUCAAAACGCUGACAUUAUUGUUGUCUUGAACAAAGGAGCUAUAGUUGAGAUGGGGACUCAUGAGGAGUUGACACGCAAACGGGGAUAUUACUGGUCCCUGACAUAUCAACAGCAGGAGGUUCCCGCCGGUUGAUUUAUAAUGUAUUUUUUGUAUGAAAUAAAUUGUUUGCGUUUAAAA